AACAUUUUUUCAGUGAUUUCGUUGUUACGUUUCUUGUUUUUUGUGUGAUAAAUAUGAGAAAAUCCCGUUUAUAUACAGAAUAACAAAUCUUUCUUGAAAUGUUAUCGGAAAUGAACUGCAGUUCUUUAUAUUAACAUCAGUUUUAAUAACAAACACCGGUCCAAAAUGACGAGUGCUACUAUUCAGGAGAUCGAAGGCAUAGACGACUAUUGGGGUCCGGCGUUCCGGUCGGUGUAUGAAGGUGACGGUCACGAAGCGUUCGUACAGCAACUAGAUGAGCGCAUCAAACAGCAUGACAAAGAGAUCGAGAAACUGUGCAACUUCCACUACCAGGGCUUCAUUGACUCCAUCCGUGAGUUGCUCCAAGUCCGGUCACAUGCAGAGGAGCUCCAUGGAGAGAUAUCUAAUGUGGAUGCCAAUGUUAAGGAGACUACUGAAGGCCUCUGUUCUCGGGCCGAGGAGUUGAUCAGGGCUCGGCGAGUAGAGCUGAACAUUGCAGCCACUAUUGAGAAGAUGGAACUCUGCCUCCCGCUGCUUACAACUUACUCCAAAUUGAAGACACAGGUUGAAGCAAAGAGAUACUACCCAGCCCUGAAAACACUGGAGCAACUAGAGCACGUCCUCCUCCCGCGCGUGGGACCGUACAAGUGGUGUGGUCAGAUCGCGUCCGACAUCCCGCGGCUCCGGCAAGCCAUACGGGACGCCUCCAUGGCUGACCUGAGAGGCUUCCUGGAGAAUAUACGACGGCUCAGUCCACAGGUAGGUGCAAUGGCGUUGAAGCAAACUCAAGACAUGCUGGGAAGAAGCUUGGCCACUAUUGUAAAAACUAAGAAAGACAUGGCCCUCCUGGGAAUCGCCCGAGAGAACCUGGGAGCGCAGUGUCCGCAUGAACUGGUGGACUUCAGUCCGCUGCACCGCUGUCUGCACAUCCACGGAGUAUUGGGAGCCAAGAACGACUUCAUACAGUAUUACAGAGCGCAGCGGAAGCAGCAGGCGCGUUUGGUGCUGAUCCCUUCGGGCAACCUGCACGACAACAUACAAAGCGUCAAGAACUACCUCAACGCAGUACUGGGCUUCUUCAUAUUGGAAGAGCAUCUACUGAGCACUGGGGCUGGGCUGGUUUCCAAGGACUGGCUACUAGACACAUGGAGUAUGUGUGAUCCGACGCUCAUGUUGAGCAUCAAGCAUCAGAUAGUGCUGUUCAUCAAUACACUCAAAUGCUACGGACUGCCCGCGGAUCCGUUACCGCUUCUGCUCCAAGAAAUGGCAGAACACUACACAGAGGUGCUGAUGCAGAGAUGGGUGGUCGUGUUUAGAGACAUUCUGGACAACGCCACUUUCCUGCCGAUUGAGGUGGCCAAUCAAGAGCAAUACGACGGUGUAAUGGACACAUUUCCCUACGAUGGAGAAGAAUUGGAAGCUCAAGGUUUCCCCAGAAAGUUCCCGUUCUCGUCCAUAGUCCCCGGCGUGUACGUGCAGGUGAAGGAGUUCAUCUACGCGUGGCUCAAGUACUCGGCCGGGCUCGGGCUGGCCGCCGCGCGCCGCGCCGCCGCCGCCAGGCACUCCGCCUCGCUGUUGCUCAGCCGCUCCUUCACCGGCUGCCUGUCGGCGCUGUUCCGCCACCCACUGCCGCUGAUGCAACUUGUCCAGAUAAUCGUGGACACCCACUACCUGGAGGACGCGACCAUAUGCCUCUACGAGUUUAUUAGCAACAUCACCGGUUCAGAGCUGGUCACCACACAAGCUGCAGGCAGCAUGUUCCAAGCGGCCCGCGACGACGCAGAGAAGCAAAUCUGCGACAACCUCGAGAAGAAAGUCGACGAGUUUCUCGACCUCGAGAACUACGACUGGUUACUGGUCGAACCGACCGGACAGGCCUCUGCUUUUGUGACGGAUAUGCUGAGUUAUCUGUCCGGGGUGCUGACUUCUUUGGAACAACUACCCGAGCGGGCUAGAGUAGCAGCGGUGCGCGCAGCGACCAACCGCAUCGCGACCCGCCUUCGGAACCUACUCCUCGAUCCCGCCGUCAAACAAAUCUCUUCCGGAGCGCUGUAUCAACUGGACUUAGAUGUUAUACAGUGCGAGCAGUUCGCGGCCGGCGAGCCUGUGCCCGGCCUUAGGGAGGGGGAGCUGCUUGAGCAGUUUACUAGCUUACGACAACUCCUCGACCUAAUAACCGGGUGGGACUGGUCGUCGUACCUCCACGACAUCAACAUGGAGAGCAAUAAGUACAACCUUGUGAGCCCGCGCGACGCGGCCGCGCUGCUCGAGAAACUCAAGGAGGCCGAGGCCAAGUCCUCCGUGUUCGCCGUGCUGAAGAAGAACGAGCGCGACCGCAGGAAGCUCCUCGACACCGUGCUCAAGCAGCUGCGCCAGCUGCAGAGCGACGGCUAGCUUAGUGCAGUGCGGGACUAGUGGUGAAGGAGCCGAGUCCUCCGUGUUAAAUGUAAGCUCUAGUGCCUUUGUGUUAACUUACGGUUAGAUAGAAUCUAAAAACAGGCAGUAGGAUGGAAUGUAAUUGUUAUAACACUAAUCACAUGCAAUGUAAUGAUUAAUAGCCCGGUCCACAUGACUGGGCCGAGCAACCUGCCUCGAAACUUGCGCACUGCUUCGGCUGAGGCACGUCAUAGCAAGUUUGCCGCGCGACAUGCCUCACUCUGAGUGCACCCGGCUAAUGACAGAUACUUGACUUGAUCCUUGCACAUCUGCCAUCAUUGAAUUUAAUUUGAGGCAUAUCCUAUGCGCCAGUCUUGUGAAAAAAAAUGUUAAUUUAAAGGACUUCUAAACUGGUCAUAUUUAUAUUCACUGCAAUUUGUGGACGGCAACUGUUGAUGUCGCUCUUACUCACAUACACAUAGUAGAGAAAUACACCAUAGUUGCCAGCCACAUAUUUAUUCAACUAUAACCAGGGGCGACUCACUCCGCGAUUCUAUCGCCGCGCUACAA